UGUCUACCGGAAGCUCCAUCCUUCUCCCAGUACUGCCACUGGUAUACUGGAAAAUCCAUCCUUCUCCCAGGACUGUCACCUGUUUACUGGAAAAUCCAUCUUUCUCCCUGGACUGCCACCUGUCUACAGGGAUUUUCAUAAUUCUCCUAGGACUGCCACCUCUCUUCUGGAAUAUCCAUCCUUCUCCUAAGACUUCAAAUUGUCCUUCCCAAAGACUCGCUGUCUCCUGCCACCAUGGUUGGCCUUCCUGUAUAAGUUCUGCCAGGAGCAUUCGCAUUGUUCACUCUUCUGACAAGAGCAUCCUCAGUCAGUUCUACUUGUACCACAGUGCCCUCUGUGAUGGGUGGUAACAGCGUGAAGAAUGCCUCGGACGUUCACAGCGAUCCUGCCAUGGGUCCGGUGUCACCAUCACACUAUAAGACUCAUCAGUCCCCAACAGCCUCUCCCACACGGGACAUGUUCUACACCCCCAUAAGCAGCCCUGACACACGGCCCACUCCCAUGGACACAGGCCCUCCCCCUGAGGAAUCAAACCCCCUGCAAGAUGAGACUAGAAGUGUGGAUAGCUGGGGGGCCCUCUUUGGCAGAGCAAUGAAGAGGAUCCAAAGAGCAGCAUGUGCUUUGGACGAGAUGCACGGUCAACUGCAGGGCCUUCUGACUCCUGGAAGCAGCACCGAGGGGCCCCGAAUUCUGGAUUCAGCUCUUGGUUGGGAGGCUCGACUGACAGAAGUGAGAAAAGACCUGAAGGGAGGCCUGCGAGAACUGGGCGACCUAAGGAGACAGUACGAGGCACUGAGUGCAGGUUCAGGAAAGGAGAACACGAAGCCCACCGACAUUCAGGCAUACAUCAGAGCACUGGAAUCUGAGGAGAGAGUAGAGCGGGAACGACUGCGGGAUCGGGUCUAUCAAUUAGAGAAAGAAAAUGUGAAGUCAACAGAGAGAAUCAUCGAGCUCCAGGGUGAAGUACAAGACCUCAACAUGCUGCAGUCAGAUCUCCGCACGGCUGUCUCUGUAGCUGAGAGAUUCAGAGAGGAGGCCCAAGAGAAAUUGGAGAAAUGUGAGCAAGAGAACAAAAAACUGAGAAGCAAGGGGUCUGACUCUGUGGAUUGGGCAGAGAAUUCCACUAUCAAUGGUUCACUCAUGGCAUAUCGCAGCCUUCCACGAGGUGUCAUCCUGUCCUCCAUGAGGGAGCCCAUAGUAAAAUCCAGCAGCCUCAUGAGUGUGCCUCCCAGCAGAUCUCUGGCCCCAACUUUAGAUGCUGCUUCAUCCCGUAAAGAGAGAAGAGGAAGCCUGGAAACCUUAUUAAAUGAGUCAAAAGCCACAGAGAAUUUGACUGAAGAUUCUGGGUCCUUCUUCCGUCGUUAUGGAGGUUCAAAAAGAGGCGUGUUUCUGCGCUGGGCUCAAGACCGCACCUGCGGGUAUAAGCAUGUGGUUAUCACAAACUUCAGCACCUCCUGGGUAGACGGCAUGGCUCUGUGUGCCCUCCUGCACUCCUACCUCCCGCAGAGUAUCCCAUAUUCACAGCUGCGCCCUCUGGAGAAGAGGAAGAACCUCCAAUUGGCUUUCCAGGUGGCCGAGAGUGCGGGGAUCCCCUCCUUGCUGACCACAGACCACAUGCUUCAGACCCAAGGUCCAGACUGGCAGAAAGUUCUUCUGUACGUUGAGUCCAUUUACCAGAAAUUUGAGGCAUGAAUUUCUUGGGACAACCUCUUCUCAGUGUCAGGUACUGCUGUGGUUGGCAGAGGCCAUCAUCCCGUUAAAUGGAUUCUGCUAGGGUACGUCAUGUCUUCUGAAGCCACCGGCUCCAGCUAUCUCCUCCCAUGGAGUGUACUGAUGAGUACUGCAGUUACAGCUGGACUGAUGCCUACUAUGGAGUUGCUCCUUUGAGGGCUGCAGUGUGGAAUAAAACUCAUCCA